AGUUUACAGUGAAGGCCUUUCUCAAAAGUCCAGGCUUUUACCUUAACCAGGGUGAGCUUUCGUCUUUUUGAGAGGAAAUGGCUGCCGAGCAAAGAUCUAGACCAGCUGGCAGCUCCCAGGCUCAGGUUGCACCGGGGCACGCAGGAAUCAAAAUGGAAGACCGUGACCAAACGUGCCCCAAACCGACUGAGAAAGCUGGCAAAUCGCCCCGCGUCAUUCAGGUUGGGACCAUCAGGGAGUUCCUCAACUGGGCUGCACCACUGCAAGUGAAGCAGGAACCUGAGGAGGGGUUGCCAGAGCACUGGGAGGCCCAGUGGCAGGAAUUCCUCAUGGCCAUGCAGUCCUCUCAUUUGGGAUGGGGAAGCCCACAGCGGAUGGAGGAAGGUGCGCCGUGGGGGGACAACAAGGCCUUCUUUGCCUCCUUUGAACGGCUGGCUGGGACCUGCCAGCUCCCUCGGCGGGAGUGGUUAGCUCGCCUGCUGCCCGUCCUGAGCAAAGAGGCCAAGGAGGCCUACAGCAACCUCAGCCUCCAAGACAGAGGGGAGUACGCGAAAGUCAAGGCAGCCAUUUUGAAAGUGGACGCCAUCCGGACGGAGACCCAGCGCCAGCGCUUCCGGCAGUUCCGUUACCACGAGGCCAAGGGGCCCCGGGAGGUGUGUGGCCAACUCCGAGAGCUCUGCCGGGGCUGGCUGAAGCCAGAGAAGCACACCAAGGAGCAGAUGUUAGACCUUCUUGUCCUUGAGCAGUUCCUGACCCUUCUACCCCAGGAAAUCCAGAGCUGGGUGAGGGAACAUGACCCGGAGACAUGUGCCCAAGCAGUGCCUCUGGCGGAGGCGUUCCUGCUGAGGCGGCGAGAUGCCGAAAGGAAGGAAAAACAGACACUGGAAGCCCGGGUUGUGAAUUGGCCUGAGACAAAGCAGUCACCUGUGGGCACUGGGCUGAAGAGGAUCUGCAGAGAGGCGAAGCAAGAAGGCGCCAGGGUGUUGGACACGGGUGGUUCCAGCAGUAACCGUGUGGAGAAGAAAACCAACCGAAGUGUUGAAAAUGGGCUGAAGGUUCCUAGCGGCAGAGUGCAGCCAGGACAAAGGAGCUUCCAGAUUCCAGAGAGCAGGAAACUUUUCCACCAAAGCCCAGCCCUUGUUAAACACCAGAGAGUCCACACAGCAGAGAGUCCCCAUCAGUGCCCCGAUUGUGGGAAGCACUUCACCCAGCGUUCGAGCCUCACUAUCCACCGGAGAAUCCACACAGGAGAAAAACCUUACCCCUGCCCCCAGUGUGGGAAAUGCUUCCGUCAGAGCUCCAACCUUCUCAAACACCAGAGAAUCCACUCAGGGGAGAAGCCGCACCAGUGCCCAGAGUGCGGGAAAUGCUUUGCCCAGCGCUCCAACCUUCUCAUCCACCAGAGAACUCACACCGGGGAGAUGCCCUAUGUGUGCUCCGAGUGCGGGGCCUGCUUCAGCCAACACCGAGGCCUUGUCACUCACCAGAGGAUCCACAUGGAAGAGAUGCCAUACGGCUACGGCUGUCCGGACUGUGGGAAAUGUUUCCAGCAGAAUUCUGAUCUCACGAAGCACCUGAGAGUUCACACUGGUGAGAAACCCUACAGCUGUCCCGAGUGUGGGAAGAGCUUUAGCUACAGCUCCAACCUCAGCAAACACCAGAGAAUCCACACUGGAGAGAAGCCUUACCUUUGCAACGUGUGCGGGAAAAGCUUCAGCCACUUGUCGACCCGGAAUACACAUCAGAGAGUCCACACAGGGGAGAGGCCGUACGGCUGCACUGAGUGCGGGAAAAGGUUCAUUUCCAGCUCAAAGCUCACGAGACACAUGAGAACGCACUCGGGUUAUACCCCGUACAUCUGCAAUGAAUGUGGGAGGAGCUUCAGUUCCCACUCUACCCUGACUACUCACCAGAGAAUCCAUUCAGCUGAAGGUUACAGCCUGGGAAAUUCUUGGGAAACUGCCGAGCAGGGACCCAGCAACAUCCUGGGAAGGGUAUCACCUCUGUGACUGAUGCCUCUUCUGUUCUUUAUGAUGGAGCCUGUCCCGGUCUGUUGUGAUACUUGCAGGAAGGGGGCUAGUCCCUAAGGUGUUGGAAUGUGGAGGUCUGCACAGCGCAGGCAGGAAGUGAGAAAUAGGGAAGGAUAUAGGAUUAGUCUGGUGGUUUUGGAAAAUAGAGGUAGGCAGGAAAAAAAUAUAGGGUAGUCAGAGGGAUGGAAGCAAGAUUUCCGGCUUAUAUUGCCAAUUAGUUUUAGGAGCAGAGUAAACCCUAGUGCAGGACAGAGGUCCUCGAAAACUUGUCUUAGGCAUCCUGCCCAAAGCACUGGAGUGGCUGUUUUGGAGUCCCCCUUUAGUAAAGC